GCCGGCCCACUCCUCCAUAAAGCCCUCGCAACCCAGGAGCAGGCAGAGCCAGGCCAGGAUGGAGAGGAGACGCGCCACCUCGGCUGCUCGCCGCUCCUAUGUCUUCUCCUCAGAGGUGGUGGCAGGCCGCCGCCUGGGUCCUGGCACCCGCCUCUCUCUUGCUCGAAUGCCACCUCCACUCCCGACCCGGGUGGACUUCUCCCUGGCCGGGGCACUCAACACAGGCUUCAAGGAGACCCGGGCCAGUGAGCGGGCAGAGAUGAUGGAGCUCAAUGACCGCUUUGCCAGUUACAUCGAGAAGGUGCGCUUCCUGGAACAGCAGAACAAGGCGCUGGCUGCCGAGCUGAACCAGCUGCGGGCCAAGGAGCCCACCAAGCUGGCCGAUGUCUACCAGGCUGAGCUGCGUGAACUGCGGCUGCGGCUUGAUCAACUCACUGCCAACAGCGCCCGGCUCGAGGUCGAGAGGGACAAUCUGGCGCAGGACCUGGGCACUCUGAGGCAGAAGCUCCAGGAUGAAACCAACUUGAGACUGGAGGCCGAGAACAACCUGGCUGCCUAUCGACAGGAGGCAGAUGAAGCCACUCUGGCCCGCCUGGAUCUGGAGAGGAAGAUUGAGUCUCUGGAAGAGGAAAUCCGGUUCCUGAGGAAGAUACAUGAGGAGGAGGUGCGGGAGCUCCAGGAGCAGCUGGCCCAGCAGCAAGUCCAUGUGGAGCUGGAUGUGGCCAAGCCAGACCUGACAGCAGCCCUGAGGGAGAUCCGCACACAAUAUGAGGCAAUGGCAUCCAGCAACAUGCACGAGGCAGAGGAGUGGUACCGGUCCAAGUUUGCGGACCUGACGGACGCCGCUGCCCGAAAUGCAGAGCUGCUCCGCCAGGCCAAGCACGAGGCCAACGACUACCGGCGCCAGCUGCAGGCCUUGACCUGCGACCUGGAGUCCUUGCGCGGCACGAACGAGUCCCUGGAGAGGCAGAUGCGGGAGCAGGAGGAGCGCCACGCGCGGGAGGCGGCGGGUUACCAGGAGACGCUGGCCCGGCUGGAGGAGGAGGGGCAGACCCUCAAGGACGAGAUGGCCCGCCACCUGCAGGAGUACCAGGAGCUGCUCAACGUCAAGCUGGCCCUGGACAUUGAGAUCGCCACCUACAGGAAGCUGCUGGAGGGCGAGGAGAACCGCAUCACCAUUCCUGUGCAGACCUUCUCCAACCUGCAGAUCCGAGGGGGCAAAAGCACCAAAGAAGGGGAAUGUCACAAGGUCACAAGACAUCUCAAAAGCCUCACAAUACAAGUUAUACCAAUACAGUCUCACCAGAUUGUAAAUGGAGCCCCGCCGGCUCUCGAAACCAGCCUGGACACAAAGGCCGUGUCAGAAGGCCACCUCAAGAGGAACAUUGUGGUGAAGACCGUGGAGAUGCGGGAUGGAGAGGUCAUUAAGGAGUCCAAGCAGGAGCACAAGGACGUGAUGUGAGGCGGGACCCGCCUGGUGGCCCCUGCCCCAAGGCGUGAGGGGCCUGCAGCAGGAGACAGGACAGUUGCCCCUCCUCUGACAGCUACUUUCCCAAGACCUGAGAUCCCACCCACCCCAGCCACCCCUCCCUGCUCCAUCUCUAUGCCAGCUUGCUGCCCUAGGCUCCAUCAACAUUAGGCCUGCCAGACAGCACCCACUCUGCACUCAGUAACUCCAACUAACAGGGCACUCACUCCAAAGAGGCAGCUUGGAGGGGCGUGGCCAGCAGCUUGAGUUAGAAUUGGGAGGGAGGAGAGAAGCUGGGGAGGGCAGGGACAUAAUAAAUCACCCUCCAUAGCCUAAUCUCCGUUGUCAUGGCAACUGUUGCCAGAGCUGGAGGCCUCUAGGGGUAUCUGGGAAAUGGGCCUUUGAGUUUCCUCCGGCUGUUGGAGGAAAACUGAGACUGAGACAGGAAGGGGAAGUCCCCACAGGCAAGGCAGCCCUGGCCAGAGGCUUAGUCUUCUAGACUGAGCCUGACCAGUCUCAGAGUGGGUGGGGAUAACCUGUCACCUGGAGUAGUCACCAGACAGGGGCCUCCUGAGUGAUGAUUCAAGUGUCUCAGCCCCACUGAGCUGCCAUGUGGACACGCUAUGGGCAUGCUGUUGGCAUGUGGGAGCUUGAUUCUCAGCACUUGGGGGAUCUAUAGUGUAAGUGGAGAGGGCAGAGAUGCUGGGAGGGAGGAGAAGGGGGCUGCCUGGCCCCUAGGUGUGGGUACAGGGAGGUCAAGCCCCGGAGGACUCCUCCCAUCUAGGCUAGGGGAGCAGGUGAAGGAGGCCAUUGGGAUGAUGCUAGACAUUGGAGUUGGGGGUUGUGGGUGACCAGUUACACUUGGCCUCUGGGUUGUGGGACUCAAGGAAGUGACUCAUCCUCUUGGAGAUGCUGAAACAGGAGAGAAAGGUGCUGCUGUCCACAGGGGCAGGACACACUUUGUCCCAGUUCUAAAGGCCCCUUCCUUGCUGCAUAAUCCCAGUCCACCCAGGCCUCUGAGCCUCUGCAGCUGCUGCCUCCUGGCCCCAGCAAAGGGGUGAAGCCACCGCAAUACAUCUGACUCUCUCCACCCCACAGUGACCUGCUGCUUUUCCCGAAGCCAAGGGCCCGUGGUCCCCUCUUACUCAAAUACAAAAUGUACUGCCAUAUUUUAGGUAGCACCCUAUUUUAUAAUUUGGGAAGUUGAGGCACGAGCAGAGUGAAGACCCUGGUUUGUGUUCCUGUAGCCUGAAGGUGGGGCAGCUCAGGGCAGACACUUUGACCCAGAGCACCUGCUCUGCUUUUCACGGGAAGACUGUGGGGGCACAGGAUUAUCUGUGCCCAGAGUGGGGUGGAGAGGACCCACUCCAGGGUCCCCCUCUCCCCUCUAAGGCCAAAGGGAGAGAGAAGUGGGGAUCCCUCCCUCCUUCCGAGACUUGGUGCCCUUUCCCCAACCCGCUGCUGCUAACCUUCAGGGCGCCGCUGCCGUCUUUAGUCACUGAGGUUAAUAAAGACAACUGCUGUGGCCUCCCCA